AUGGUCACGGCACGUGGCAAACUCGUAGACAAAGGGCUAACCCUACAGAUAUUGGCAGCAAAGAAGCCACUCAUAAUUGAACUACUCAAUGGAUCAGACCGCAAAUUACAAAUUAUGGAAAUCUCGGCAAUCCAGAUGGAUCCCACAGAUUCUGAGGAUUAUUUACCAAAUGGAUUUACAACUUUUGUGGACACCAAUGAAGUUUUGAAUCACUCGUUGGUGCCAUUAAAAGAUAAAACCUGGUCCAGUGAGGGGAAAACAGCCCUUUCUAGACGGAAAAGAGACCUUCUGUUUCCCAGUGGAGUUAAACUUUGCUCACAUGAGACAGCGCAACAGGCAAUACGGAAUCAUCUCAACUUCUUUCACCUGCGAGUGUGCCAGGAAACAGUUUGGGAGGCUUUCAAAAUCUUCUGGGAUCGCUUACCCGAGAAAGAAGAGUACCAGAUCUGGAUGAGGAAAUGUCAAAAUAGUAGCGUUAGUGUGUUUGACAUUGGCCGGAGCUUUAGCCAGUCAGCUGAGCACCUUGCUCUGAUCUCAAGUAUGGUAGGAGCUGCCUCAAUGGCAUCAACAAGACAUCAGACAACGACUACUGCGCCAACACAAGCAAGCGUGGCCACAACCCAAGAAGUCAGUGUUUUGGUUCUUGAGGCAGCAAUAGAUUCACAGGACAUCACACCACAGACCACUGCAGCAAAAAUCACCACUAUGGCUGCAGAGCUUCAGAUGACACUUGGAAUCAAUCCAGAGCCUGACACAGCCUUUGAGGCCUCAACGGAGAUAAGCACUAGUUCACCCAUAGAACACACAAGUGUGGCCACUAGGAAACCUAUUUCAGAAACUGAACUAAAAGUUGAACUGGAUGCUACCGAGGGUUCUGUCAAAACAUUAAAUAUUACCAUUCAACAUGAAGAGGUUGAAAGGGUCUCAGAGUCUGAUAGAACUCCAGAGGAGUUUACUUUAAGAGCAAAUGAUUAUGAUAUUCCCAUUACCUUUGAGGACUUGCUAGGAAUAAGCAAUUCUCCUACAGUAGUCAUCAGAGAUUUUACUGAAGAGCUUUAUUUAGGAACAGAGUUGGGAAAGGAUGUUACUGAUGGUCCAGUGGUUUCCAUUCAACAUGAAGCUGACAUUGUUUCAAAGUCUACAUUAUUGACCACUGAUACAACUCCAGAAGAUUAUACUUCCAAAAAACACGAGCAUGAUAUUCCCACAACCAUGGAGGACUCACCAGGGAUAAGCAACAAUACUCCUAUGGUAAUCAUCAGUCAAAUCACCAAAGAGAUUAAUUCAGAAUCGGAACCGGAGAUGGGAGAGGUUGCUACUCAGGGUCUGGUUAAGACAGAAGGUGUUACCAUUCAGCAUGAAGAGGUGGACAUUGUCUCCGUGUCUACAUUAAUGACCACUGAUAGAACUCCAGAAGAUUCAACUUCAGGAAAACAUGAGUAUGUUUUUCCCACAUCCUUUGAUGACUCAAUAGAGAUAAUCACUAGUUCAUCUACUGAACUCACAAAUGAGGCCACUGUGAAACAGGAUGUUACAGAGCGUCCUGUUAAGACAGCAGAUGUUACCAUUCCUAAUAAAAAGGCUGACAUCGUCUCUGAGUCUACAUUAAUGACUACUGAUAGUACUCCAGAAGAUUCUACUUCAGGAAAAUAUGAGUAUUUUAUCCCCACAUCCUUUGGGGACUCACUAGAGAUAAUCACUAGUUCACCUACUGAACUCACAAAUGAGGCCACUGUAAAGGCUAUUGUGAAAAAGAAUGCUACUGAAGGUCCUGUUAAUACAGAAGAUGUUACCAUUCCACAUGAAGAGUUUGGCAUUGUCUCAGAGUCUACAUUAAUGACCAGUGACAGAAAUCCAGAAGAUUCUACUUUAGGAAAAUAUGAGCACCUUCUUCCCACAUCCUUUGAAGACUCACUGGCGAUAAUCACUAUUUCACCUAGUGAACUCAUAAAUGAGUCCUCUGUGAAGGCUACUGUGAAACAGGAUGUUACUGAGGGUCUUGUAAAGACAGCAGAUGUUACCAUUCCCCAUGAAGAGUUUGACAUUGUUUCAGAGUCUACAUCGAUGACAAAUGCUAGAAGUCCAGAAGAUUCUGCUACAGGAAAUGAUGAUUAUGGCAUUCCCACAAGUUUCGAGGACUCAGUAGCGAUAAGUACCAAUACUCCUAAAGAAAUCACCAGUGAAUCUACUGAAGAAAUUAUUUCUGUAACUAAACCGUACAUGGGAGAGGGUGUAACCGAAGGUCCUCUUAAAUCAGCUGAUGCUACAAUUCAAUAUGUAGAGGCUGAUGUUGUGUCAGAGGCUACACUGAUGCCCACAGGUAGAACUCCAGUAGGUUCCACCACAAGAAAAUAUGAGACAGAUCUUCCCACAACCCUUGGGGACUUGCCAGGAAUAAGUACUAAUACUCCUGGUGUAGUCACUAGAGAAUCUACUGAAAAUGUUAUUUACGAAACUGAAGUUGAAGAUGGAUUGGGUGUUACUAAAACUCAUGUUAAAUCAGCACUUGUUACCAUUCAGCAUAUAGAUGUUUCAGAAGCUACAAUGAUAUCAACUGAUAGACCUGCAGUUGACUCUUUUACAGAAAUACCUCCCGUUCAGAGUGUCUUACCAGAGAAACCAGCAAAGACAACUCCUACAGAACUGAAAGAGGUUUCACCUAAUCCCCCCACAGAAGGGUUGCCAAAAACUCUGACAGAUAAGGAUGUUGUUGAAAUCACACAUGUAACCACAAAUCCAGAAAAUCUAUCACCCACUACACCUGUAAAUACAUCACUUGAGGUAGAAUCAACAAGUGGUGGACCUGAAUACAUUGCAAUUGUUACAUUACUUGACGAACAUGAAAAGGAAGAUGUACCCUACACUAAACCUACACCAGAAGAUGAAGAACUACCUGGUACCAUGACAGAGAGUGCACAUGAAUUGUCAAAGGAAACACAUGAGCUUGUAGUUGACUCAUCUGAUGCUGAAAAUGAUAAUUUAGGUAAGGAAGUGGACAUUAAAACUGGGACACCAGAAGUUGUUGAGGUGACAGUUGGAGAGACACCUAGAUUGACACAGGAAACUACAGAAGCUAUUGAAGCUACUGUGUUUACUGAGAAAGACAAACAUGUUGAUAAGGACAUAGCUGAAACUGUAAAUCCCGGAGAGAUGACAACAGAGCCAACAGAAGUUGCUGAGGUUGAAUUUGAUAUUCCAACAGACGAUGUAACGGUUCUUGAAAACAUGGUUGAAAAUUUUGUUGGAGGAACAAGUGAAGCUACUGCAGAACUGGGUGAUGUAACGGAAGCUGUCGUCUUAGAAGAAUCAUCUGAGAAAAGUAAUGAUGGAACUUUUACUAAGUUAACAGAAAUUUCUACUAAGACCAUAAGUCAGACCACAACUGGAAUCACAUCCAAGACCACACCUGAUACUUCUUUUGAAAUUGGUACCCCUGAAACUGACAUUGUAGAGUUUGUAACUAAAGGUAUGGAAGAUAAGGUAGAAGACACAACUAAAAAAGGCGAAGGUGGUGAGGAAACACUUUUCAAAGUUUCCGAAGGCACAAUGCCAGAUUUUACUGUUACUAAGUUGGAAAACGAUAUACUGACAACUGCCCUAAAUGAGGAUAUACAUGAAGUUACAGAUCCAUCAAAAAUUCCACAGGACACACCUAAAGUUGCAGUGGAAAUCAGACAUGAAGACACAGAUAUGCGUGGGACCAAAGGAGACUUCUUAUCUGAGACACAUGACGUUGCAACAGAGACACCUAAGGUCAUUACAGAAGCUUAUGCCAUGACAGAGACAACUCAUGUCAUAUCUCAAGCACCUGAAUUGGAGACACGUGUAUCUAUCUCAAAUGUCAUAUUUGAGGCUCCUUUGUCAAUAUCUGAACUUUCAGAGGUGCCUGAGACGAUACCUAGAACCCCUGAAGUGCAUGUGGUCCAACCGGUACCUGCAGAAGAUGAUAUCCCAACUCCUAUCUUGAAAGUCGAGGAUAUGACGGUUGUUCUAAAUGACUUGACAACUACCAUUCAAAAGACUUUCUCUACCACAUUACAAAACUUACCACAGGACAUUUCUAAUGAUAUUUUAAAUGAAAACAGCAUGAUUGGAAAUGAAAUUGAUGACAUUAUGGUCCGACCAGUACGUCCUGGCAACCAUAUUGUGGAGCUGAGUAUUAAGAUAAGAGGUGAAAGUUAUGAUGAUGCUCUGAGAGAUCCAUCAAGUUACUACUAUCAACAUUUAUCCGAACUGUUCAUCGAUAAGAUUGAAGAAGUUUUUAAAAGACUCCCAGGUUUCAAGAAAAUAUUCGUCCUUGAGUUUAGGCCACAAAAGGACAUUGAAGGAGGCCUGGCUGUGGUGGUACACUAUGCCGUGGUCCUUGAGGGCGAUGGUGCAGGAAUAAGUAAUGAGACCAUGGAUUACAUAAACCUAAAUUCCAACAUGGUUGAGAACUUCUCCACAGAUCCUGAUGAGCUACCUACUGUGGUCUACACCAUCACUGACUUCCGAAACUACAUCACCGAAGCCCUCCACAAGGAGAAUUUCAUAAGAAACACCACUCUGGAAGUGGACCCUGAUUCUUUGCAGCUGGAAAAUGUGGAGACACUGGAGUCUUCCAAACCAACCAGCAGACCGCUUGACUCCAGUGACAUGAUGGACAAUAUUCUUGCCUCUGAGAAGCCACCAGAUGUUCCCAGGCAGGAAUUAUCCAACAAUGACAUCUUAAUUACAAACAAUGAUUUCCUUGAACGCAUUGACCCAAUAGAUCCCUGGAUGGAUGAUCGGAAUAAGGACACAAAUGAUGUAAUCAUCUUUGAGGAAAGUCCCACUCUGUCUCCCACAGAUGUGUCUUUGAAGAACGUUAACAUCGAGUUUACCUCUAAAUUUGAGACCUCAAGCAGUGCGCCGGCUCCUGCUACAGAGAAUGAGGGUAUUAUUGAAGAGGAGGGAUUCCUACAGACUGCAACUACAGACAGUCCUACCACAGGCACGAUGACUAAAGGUGCCUUACCUUCAGAAUCACAUCACAAGUUGGAAGAGAACUCAGUUUCUCCUGUGGAACCUCCUGAUGUUGUGUUGACUACUGAGAGUGACUUGAUAGACCUGGGUUCAGGCUCAGGUUUUUCUGGGGAUCAUCUAGGUCCUGACAUUUUGCCUUGGGAGUCAGGAACUCCAGAGGAAGUCUUGAAGGAAGAUGAGGUACACCAAUCUCAAGAAGGUCAGGAAUCUAUAGAGGAACAGCUUGAGCCUCCCCACCAAGAUCUGACACCCAAUGAGCCAUUCUUGAGCAGGGUUCCUGUGACACAAGAUAUUCGUACCAAUCCUCACUUCACAACAACUGACCAGGCUCCGGUUUUUUGGACAAUGGAAACUUUGACUGUCGAGCUUUCUAUGCAGACCCAAAUAGCCCCUGGAGAAUAUGAUGACUAUUUUCCAGAUGAAUCUACCACUAUGGUUACACAUGUGACCAGUCGACCCUUGCUACACAUCUACACUUCAGCAGAAACCCAAGAGGUGGAUGCAUCACAUAGUCCUGAUACAAUCAUUUCACCUGCUGAUAAGGACUAUUCAGAACGACUUGUUACACCCACUCUGAUCCCACCAAGCACAGCAGUAGCUAUGGAUGAACAUACUACUUUAACAGAAACCAAGAAGAUUCAGGAAAUGCUGUCCUCCACAACAAAGUUAAAUGAAAUUCCUUCAACCACGCAAAUACCUGUAAUUCUAGAAAUUGAUACGGUUUCUGUGGAGGGUCCUACUACUUAUUCAGAAGCCGUUGAGCAUCCUGUAACCAAAGGUGUCACAGAGUUACCUGCAUUGUCAUGGCCAGAGGUAGAAGGUUCAGAUGAAGAAGUCAAGAUUCUAGAUGAGGAGAUGGAAGGCAUCAAGCUUAUGCCUACAGAAAGCCCAGCAACUAAGCUCUCAGAGGAGGAUUUAGCUGGGGAUGAAAUCUUGGUCGCGACAACAUCUCCAACAACAAUGACUACUGAAGAGCCAAGUGUAGAUCAGUCAGUUUCCCUGUCUCCUGAGAAGGACUCUCCAUUCACUCGGAUAUCACAUUCAUCAAUAGAUGAGGCUGAACCUUUUUCAGAAUCAACCACGGAACCUCUACCUACCCAAUCAUUUACUCAUUCGGUUCUUCAAGAGACCACUCCAGAGACGACUCCAGAGACUCAAACCAAUGGAAUGCACUCUUAUAAUACAAAUGUUGCGAAAGAGCCUGAUUUAUCAGAUGGAGACUCAACUAAAAUAUUUCAGUCCACAAUGUCUGUGAUUCCAGAUGUUUCAGAACAUUUGGAGACCCUCAGUUCCACCACUGUACCAUCAUUUAAUCAGCCAACAUUCAAACCUACCAAACAAAUAACAUCAGAUGACUCAGUACAAGAGCACACAGUAGGAUCAAGACCUGAUAUCACAGGCCUCAUCCUACCAACCAAACCAGUGAACGCUGAUGCUGCUACUAUGAAAGUUCCUGCUCCAGUAAACCCCAACAUAACACAGUUUGAUGUUUCUUUUGACAUAUUCCCAUUUGAUGGACCGAGCCAUGAUGAAGACGGCGGUAGUGGAUUUGCUCGCGGAACUGACUUGGCAGGUAUUGCCUUGCCAGCCAGUCCUGGAAGGGCGUUAAUAGUGUUUUUCAGCCUCAGGGUCACCAACAUGAUGUUUUCUGAAGAUCUGUUCAACAAGAGCUCUACUGAAUACAAGGCUCUUGAGCAGCAAUUCAUAGAACUGCUUGUCCCAUAUCUACAGUCAAACCUCAGCAAUUUUCAGAAUUUAGAGAUCUUGAACUUCAGGAAUGGCAGCAUUGUGGUAAACAGCAGGAUGAAGUUUGGCAAGCCAGUUCCCCAUGGUGUGACGACAGCAGUUUACCUUAUCCUGGAGGACUUCUGCAAUACUGCUUACCAAACUAUGAAUCUUGCAAUAGACAAGUAUUCAUUGGAUGUUGAAUCAGGUGACAAGGCUGAUCCAUGUAAGUUCCAGGCGUGUAAUGAGUUCUCCCAGUGUUCAGUCAACCGCUGGUCUGGCGAGGCAGAGUGCGUUUGUAACGCUGGCUAUUUUAGCGUGGACGGGCUGCCAUGUCAGAGUAUCUGCGAUAUACAGGAAGACUUCUGCCAGAAUGAUGGGAAAUGUGACAUCAUUCCUGGCAAGGGCGCCAUUUGCAGGUGUCGAGUCGGUGAAAACUGGUGGUAUCGGGGCGAACACUGUGAGGAGUAUGUGUCAGAACCACUGGUGGUUGGCAUCGCCAUCGCCUCAGUCGCUGGGUUCCUCCUCGUGGCUUCGGGCGUGAUCUUUUUCCUCGCCAGAACUCUGCGAGACCAGUAUGACACGGAUGAUUUAGAGGACCCUUUACGAUAUUCAGAGAACGCACCAUCUCUAGAAAGAGCUACUAAGUACAAUCCCAUGUUUGAAAGUGAAGCAACUACAGGCCAUAAUCAGUACUACCGCCGUUACCCAGAUGCCCCUGCGUAUAGCGCUGGUAGCGCUGAGACCUCCACGGACUUCAGCAGCGAGGAAAUACGACACAUUUAUGAGAACAGCGAACUUACGAAAGAGGAAAUCCAGGACCGUAUUCGAAUUAUCGAACUGUAUGCCAAGGACCGCCAGUUCGCAGAUUUUGUCCGACAACACCAAGUGGCACUUGACGCUAGACGAGAGAGCUCUUCCAAUUAGAGUUGCAAACCGCUAAACCCAAGACUCUUGCCUUUUUUCUCGAAUGCAAGAAGAGGUCCUCUUCUGCCGUGGUGGACUUGUAAAUGGACGGAUUUUAAUCGUUUAUGGAUGAAUGCAUGCGAUGGAUUGACAGAUUGUGAUCUAAUGUAGAAAACAAUGUAUUUGUGAAUAUGUUUACUGCUUUUACUGAUGGGCUGCAUGAUUUAUUGCUGCAUUGUCAAGGCCAUAUCCAUAAACACUUAUUAUUGACACAUAUCUGUAUCAACUGACCACACCAGAAAACGCAACUAUAUGACCGGGCUUCAUGUUGGUUCCUCUCUUUUUUUUUUAAUGGAAAGCCUGUGUUUAUUUCUUAAGGUUUUUCAUUUGUCAGUGCCUUCACUUUGAGUGUUAAUCUUCUUUUUAUUUGCGACAUAAUUGCUUGUGUCCUAAAACACGGACUGACUGAAGAGAGAACGUUUCGCAAUAGUUAUACUAUUUUAAUGAAUAGAGAGAAAGGUAGUUCUAUAAUUACAUUUGCAAGUUUAACGUUUGGCCCUCAUGGCUUUUUUGUUUGUUUGUUUUGCGAAAGCACAGCUUUUUGACUACGAGUUUGAUUAUACAAAAUUGAUUUUAACUUUAAAAUUACUUUUAGUCAUUUGUUUUGUGAUUAGUGACUAUCCUGCUGUUCAUUUUUCUACUUUUGUAAAACACUUGCCAUGCACACAAGUGUAUUUAAGUUAUAUAAUCUAAAUGUUAAUGUCAAUUAUCACAACAGAUUGUUCGAUUUAUGUAAAUUUGAAAUAUUAUCGAUUAUUUCCACAAUGAUUU